AUGUCAGAGAAACCUCUUUUCCAGUUAAGACAAGAACUACAUGUAUUUAGCGAUGCAGAAAGCAACGCUAACAUAACCCAGUCCUUUGCUGAGCAGUUCGAAAGCACCAGUCAUGUGGAGCACUCGGUCACCUCUAAUUUCACAAACAAAGUGGUGCUCACCGAAAACGCCAAGUACACAGUGGAAAAACUGCCUGCAGAGCUGCCACGCCAAUUGCAGAACAUUUCGUCGGUUGACGGUUACGUGGACACAUUCUCACACAAUGCUGUGGUUAACGACAGUGACACGCUGUACAUGUGGGACUUUGCUACCACACAGCUCAAUCCUGUGGUAACGCACAUACCUCUCCAUGAAGACCACAUCUCGUUGAGCUGCACUCCGAAAGUGAUAGUCACGUGGCCCGCGGCGCUCGACGAGAGUACUGACGGUCGUGGGAAAGACUCCCCCAGCAGCGCAACAAGUGGACCUACGAAUGCAUCUUCGCGUCAAAACUGUGGUAUAUGCAUUGUGAACCGAAAAUCGGGCCUUAUACAAUUUUAUGAGGAUGUGGACGCCAUAAAUAAUUUGUCGUCGCGGAUCUCGCGAACGAAAUGCCACGAAUUGGAGCUUAGCCUCAAGGACUCCGAGUACGUCGCAGACGUUGUGAAUGCUGAACCCGCCGGUAUUUUGGUAUCGACGACUCGCGGAAGGCUUUUUUUCGUCACUGUUCGUGACUUUAUGGGCAAGCCACGUCUGAACUUGAAGCUCCAAAUGAUCAAGUCGCAUUUUGCCUUAUUCUUUUCCUCACAAAAAACUAAGAAGAUAGUGUCCAUAAAGAUGGGUCCCAUUUUGGGAAAGGGUGAGAGGUCAGUAUCCGUUCUGACCAGCAACGGGGAUUUCAUGGUAUGGAAUAUAUCAGCGGUGGCCAAUUGUUACAAGAAGAUCGAGUUAAACGUAUAUGAGCAAAUUUUGGAGUCUUUGAAAGACUUGUACCCAUGCGCUUACGGCACUCUGACCUUAUUAGAUUCUCACCCUCUGAGUGAGGAUAAUUCCGCGCAUAUGAUACUUUCUUCUAUUACAGAUUACGACGGGGCUUGUUACUACAUUCUAACUACCAUCAAACUGGAUGAGCGCACUAAUGGAUUUAUGAUUUUCUCCACUUAUAGAUUGAACACUUACACCACUGCUUCGAGAGAAACGGCCUUCCCCAAACUAUUAAUACCUGUUGACGCUGAUUCAACGUCGGCGCCAGUCACGUCAGUGUACACCGUUUUCGAAAAUUGCGUAGUCUUGACGCAAGUGAGUUCCACUCUCGAUCAAAGCUAUUCCCUCAAGCGCAAAUGGGAAGAUAUCAUAAGCUUCCGUGACGACACAGAAAUCUUCGGUUAUGGAAUGGACUCCGAUUCUGUUUAUCUAAUGAGCAAAAAGAUGGGUGUGCUCAUGAUCACGGCGUCACGGAACAGCAAUAACAUUGACCUACAUGAGAGCAGAUUCAUCAAGUCUCAUAUAGAUCAAGCUGUCUAUUUUUCCAACCUUAACGGUACGCCAAUCGACUUCAAUCUCCCACCGAAAAUAUCUCUAGAAAGAGAAGAAAUUGAAGAGGAUUUAAUGGCGUCAAGUGAUGAAAUUCUGUUAUCCAAGUCUAAUUAUAUUCCUCCUACGCUCCAAUCGAUGGAAAGACACGUAAGCUUGCGCGUUGAUCUAUAUCGAAGUCUCUUGGAAUUCACAAAGUUUAAUUUUCUGAACAAAAUAUCUCCAGCUGUAAGAAUCCAGUUGGUGGAAAACUUUGAGAUACUCAACGCGGCAAAGUACUUUCUCUCAUCCAUUAAAGGCAGCCAACUGCUCGCCGAAUACUGGCACAACAUGUUAACGGAUAGUAAGCUUGAUGAAGAGACUGUUUUCAAAAGCAAAUUUAACCAGUUCCCACUAGUUCUGUCGAAGUUCUUACACGUUAUGCUGGCGACUCUCCUAGCCACUGCAAGUCCGGAACUGUUGACUCCUUGCCUUGAUCUUAUCACAUCAUGUCUGUUGAAGGGCUCUUUUCAAGAAGGUGAAGAGAAUUAUCGUUUUAGCAAAUUCGAGAUGAGCACAUACGAGCUUGGCCGUUUGACUCCGUGGUACUUGCAACACAAUAUUCCAUACGUAUUGAACGAGUUUUUCAAAAUAUUGAAUGACUAUCCAACUUCAGAAACAUAUCCCCAUUAUGAAGAACAACUUCUCUCAUUGGUCAAAAUAUUAUACUACUCCUGCAAUCAAGCAUCGUUAUGGCUACAGGAUGUUGAAAGGCAAGCAUACACCCAUGAGGCUACCAAAGUUUGCACUCUGUACCAAGAUAAUAGAUUGCUAUGGAAUCAGAAACUUUGCGACGUUGGUAAGACGCUAGAAUCAUUAGAAAUCACUGAAUUCUACGGAGAUCUGUCUUCAUUGGCUGCUACUCUAAGCACGCUGCCCAGAGAAGAAUCUGACGAUUUAUAUCGUCAGUAUUUCGAAAAGUUCGAAUACAACUUUGCGGCUGAAGUUUUCAGUAAUUGCAUUGCACACGGUCGACUGCCAGACUUGUAUGAAAGAUUCCCCACACAGCAUCAAUACCUGCGGCAAUUCUUUGACCAGAACCCUCAAUUUGGGGAGUACGGUUGGAUGUGUAAAGUGCUCGACGAAAAGUACAACGAGGCUUCUAGGGUCUUGACAGAGAUCACAAUCGAUCAGCACGAUACUUCUCGUAGCGUGAACGCGGAACAAACGAUGUUAAGCAUCGCAAAACUAUGCAAUUUAGCAAACGGAAAUGCAUUAGACAUCGAUAGAUUGAUGAAAAUUCAAGCAGAACUGGACGUUAUCGAUGGCCAAACAGAUUUGACAGCAAUGAUCGAGCAAGGCGUGAAGCUCAACGAGAAGUUUCAGGUCUCUGCUGUGAAACAGUUGUUUGAUGAACUAAAGAGAAGGAUAGACGGUGAUCGGAAGCUGGAACUAGCUCAAGUGGUCGAGCUGUUCACGCUUCUUGAUGAUAGAAGCGGCUUCUACAAAGCUGCCAAAAUUCUAUCAUUGAACAAAAACUAUGUGAACUACGAAAAAUAUAUGUUUUUGAUCGCAAUGAUCUGGAGAAGAUGCGUUCUGUGCGAUAACUGGGAUGAGCAUGUUGAUGAGGCCGAUUCCAGCCUCUUCAUCACAAUGAAGAAGUGCUUUGACGAACAGCUUUUCGAAGCGGGAACAACUCUUCCAGACCUCUCGCUUCUGACAGACAAAACUCUCUUGUCUCCUGAGUAUUUUGAAGCUGCAUACAGUCCGCUUGAUAUCAACGCAAAGCGCUUAUUAGAUUUUGCGCUUCAGGAACAAAUGGAAAUUGAGAAGCUGGGCCCCGAUUUCAAAUCGAGGUUCGCAUCUGUUCUAGCCGCAAGCAACGAAAGCAGCGAACACAGAUGCGUCAUCAACUAUGAAACGGGUCAAAUCGAGGACGCAGGUAGAAGAGACUUUUAA